AUGAGGCUCUCGUCCCUGAGUCUCAUGGGGACGUCCCUCCUCACGGGGCCCGCCCUCGCGACGGUCCCCAUCCUGACCGAGGUCUCCCUAAAAGGCUGCGCCGACGUCGCCUGCCCGGCCGGCGCCGCCGACGACCUCGUCGGUGAAUCCAACUGCACCCUCGGCGGCUCCGUCCUCCGCCGCGUCGGCAUCGCCCCCGAGGUCCUCGACAUCCCCAUCGACGACGACAACACCACCGACAUCCGCAAGCUCUCCCUCACCGUCGCCACCCUGGCCAACAGCCCCGCCCCCGCAAACUCCCCCAACUGGUUGAAGAAGCAGCUCUACACCCAGUCCUACUACCUCGGCGCCCCCGCCGGCCUCAACCUCUCCUCGGACCGCUACCCAAAGGGCUGCGCCCUCAUCUUCCAGCACAUGUUCCAGACCUUGCCCACCCCGCACGAGGUCCCCGACCUCGACACCACAGACUGCAGCUCCUGGCUGCAGCAGUCGUGCAUGGACGAGAUCACGGGCUACGUAGACGACUUCCGCGCCGCCCACGCAAAGGACGAGACGCUGCCGCGCUGUCAGGAGAUUGCCAUGUAUCUCGAGGAGCGGACGCGCACGGACAAGGACUUCCACUGCAACCUCAUCGCCGGUGCCGUCAACAUCACCGGCGCCGAGAUCAUCGGGCGCGACGCGCCGACGGUGCUGGCGCAGGACGCCGGCGACAACAAUGACUGCCAUCCGACGCUGCCGCAGUCCUACGACAUGCUGAAGCUGACGGAUGUCGAGCUCAUCCUCGACGGGGAGGGGAGCACGACGAAGCCGACGGGCGGGCUGAACGGGUAUACACCCGUCAUGAGCGUGUUGUUUGACAAGCUCCUAUAUUCACAGUGGAUUUGCAUGAAGACGUUGAGUGAAUAUGAUCAAGAGAACGCAAGUGCGAGAACGAGCACACCGGUGAUGGCGGGCCUGAUCAUGGGGCUUGCGACCCUAGUAGCAAUCAUGAUGCUAUGA